AUGGAAUCGGAACCGAGAAAGACAAAAUCAAAGCGGGGAAAUAUUAUUGGUCAAUUAGUGCUUAGUCAAAUGUCAGUGACAUUUGGCGAAGUCAGUUUUCUUGUAGCAUUUGUUGUUAAAUGUUCGAAGUUUAAUUGCAAUAAUGAUCAAACAAUGUUCAAUGUGAAACAAAAACUAGAAAAUCAUUUAUUUAUUAAUAGAAGUCUGCUGUUCCCUGAUGGAAGUUCGAAUUCUUAUGCAAUUAAGAAGAAGGAUGAAUUAG